UCUCCAGCCCGGAGUCGAAUCCCCCGACCGAGCAUGAGUCAGGGCUGCAGCCGCGAAACCAGUCGCGAGAGCAGCCGCGACACCAGCCCAGCCCGGGGUUUCUCCCCCCUGGCGACUCGCCGUCACUCCCGCUCAACCAGCGCUCUGUCCUCGGCAGAGUGUUACUCAGACCGACUGUCCCAUCAGGCUCGGAUCUCGGCCUCCGUCGACGCCAUGAGAAUCCUCAACACCGGCACCGAGGUGGAGGCUGCCGUAGCAGACGCUCUGCUCUUAGGAGACUCCAGGAGUAAGCGGAGGCCGGUGCGGCGGCGCUUCGAGUCGCCGGGCAUGUACUCAGACGACGACGCCAACAGCGACGCCUCCAGCGCCUGCUCGGAGCGCUCGUACAGCUCGCGCAACGGCAGCAUGGGGCCGCACUACCUGCGUCAGACGGAGGACGUGGCGGAGGUGCUGAACCACUGCGCCAGCGCCAACUGGUCAGAGAGGAAGGAGGGGCUUCUGGGGCUGCAGAACCUCCUCAAGAGCCAGAGGAUGCUCAGCCGCGUGGAGCUGAAGAGACUCUGUGAGAUCUUCACCAGGAUGUUCGCAGACCCUCACAGUAAGAGAGUCUUCAGCAUGUUCCUGGAGACGCUGGUGGACUUCAUCGUGCUGCACAGGGACGACCUGCAGGACUGGCUCUUCGUCCUGCUCACUCAGCUGCUGAAGAAGAUGGGCGCCGACCUCCUGGGCUCCGUCCAGGCCAAAGUCCAGAAGGCUCUGGACAUCACCAGGGAGUCGUUCCCGUACGAGCAGCAGUUCAACAUCUUGAUGCGUUUCAUCGUGGAUCAGACGCAGACUCCAAACCUGAAAGUGAAGGUGGCCAUCCUGCGCUAUAUCGAGGCUCUGGCUCGCCAGAUGGAUCCGUCCGACUUCGUCAACUCCAGCGAGACGCGCCUCGCCGUCUCACGCAUCAUCACCUGGACCACCGAGCCCAAGAGCUCCGACGUCCGCAAGACCCUUCACAACUGGGCAGGGGAGGAUUUCUCAGGCCGACCCAGCACUGUGGCCUCUCUGCCCGGGGAGGGUAACCUGGAGGAGAGGUGCAAGCAGGCGGCCCAGGUUGUGUUGAUCGCUCUGUUUGAGUUGAACACUCCUGAGUUCACGAUGCUGCUCGGAGCUCUGCCCAAAACCUUCCAGGACGGGACGACCAAGCUGCUGCACAACCACCUGAGGAACGCCAGCGCCAACAGCGGCAUCGUCAUG